AUGGCCGAUGUCAGCCCUGUCGCGGAGCUGCUUGGACAGGCUCUCUACCACUACGAGCGUCUGAGGCCGCUUCUUCCAACCUACGGGCACCUACUCGUUUCCGCUCUUUUCCCCAUCUGGAUCGGUGCACAUGCAUCCCUGACAAGACCUUCGUCCGCCGCCAAACCGCCCAAGAAGAAGGACAACAAACAUAACGAUGAUUAUGACACGGAAGAUGAAGAGGGACAUGGUCCAUUGCAGAAGAUGGAAGGCCUUGAGCCAUCGGAUGCAUUGAUCUUUCCGUUGACUGCUGGACUCACACUCGGUGGUCUAUACCUGGUGAUCAAAUGGUUGGAAGAUCCAGCUAUCUUGAAUAAGAUCCUCGGCUUCUACUUCUCGCAAAUGGGACUUUUCUUUGCAUUUGCAUUUCUAAAGGAUGUGCUCUUGAUGAUCCGUUCAUUUGUAUUUCCGAGAUAUUAUCGUCAAGGUGGACGGUUGUGGAAAGCGAAACAGUCCGAACGCCUCUUUAUCACAUCGGAGAAGACCAAUUCCGCCAACUCACCUGCCAUACGGCAUUCACCUCUUCCUGGGUUUUUGGGCCGAGUCCCACUCCCAGGUACUGUGCUGAGACUGCUCUGGAGAUGCCGAAAUCUAUCUUACCAACGUCUCAAGGUGCGUGCUUAUAUUCGUGGUUUGUUUGACCUCAAAUGCCUCAUCGGCCUUCUCGAUAUUACCAGCGGAAUCCUCGCGUUAUCCGCUGUAGCAUACUUUGCGUUUGUGGCAAACCCGUGGUGGUUGACCAACUUCCUUGGGUUUUGCUUCUGCUACGGUACUCUACAAUUCAUGUCUCCCUCUACGUUCUGGACAGGAACCCUCAUUCUGGGUUCCUUGUUUUUUUAUGACAUCUACUUCGUUUUCUUCACUCCAUUGAUGGUCACUGUUGCAACGAAGUUGGAUGUACCGAUCAAGCUUUUGUUUCCUCGCCCGGUCACUUCCCGUGAUGCCCCUGGUUCCGUGCCACUGGCCAUGCUUGGGUUGGGUGACAUUGUCAUUCCCGGUAUGAUGAUAGGCUUGGCUCUUCGAUUUGAUCUUUUCCUUUAUUACCAACGGAAAGGCGCUCAGUUGCCACAUACUGAAGCGCAAGACCAGGCAACUGUCAAGCCUGAAUAUCAAUCGGCAACCGGUGCUUGGGGAGAGCGGUUCUGGGCGCCGACAAUCAAGCCAAUCCGCCCAGAGCUUCAGCCCCCCUACCAUGAUGCUCGGGCUUUCCCAAAGACCUACUUUAAGGCCAGUAUAAUCGGCUAUGUCUUUGGGAUGGUCACAACCCUCCUUGCCAUGCAAUAUUCAAAUCAUGCCCAACCAGCUCUUCUCUAUCUGGUUCCAGGCGUGCUGAUCUCACUUUGGGGUACUGCGCUUAUUCGAGGUGAGACAAGCACAAUGUGGGAGUUCUCUGAUGCUGAGGAGGAAGAAGAUGAUAAGGAGAAGGAGGACGAGGAUGAGGUCAAAGACAAGACUUCUAACGGCGACCAGAAGAGUCUCCUUAUGCGUCUCUUCUCUGGUGAAUCUAUGCACACGCCAAAAUCCGAGGAUACAGCACAGGCCAAGAAAGCUGAAGGCGAGGCAGCCGACGACUCAAAAUCUGAUGCGAAAUCAUCGGAGAAAGAAGAGGGUAGAGUUGAGACGAAGAACCCCAAAAAGUCCCGCGACAACUCGGAGCUGGUGUCAUUCUCUAUCUCAGUUCCUCGCAAGCCAUCUGAAGCCGAGGACAGUCUGCCAAAGCCCUCCUACACAGAGGAUGAGGAAGUACGUGUAUCCAGGGACCGCAAUAGGGAUGACGAACCGCCGUUGAAGAGAAGGCGACGCAGCGUGAUGAACAAGAACUCAACAACUUAA